AUGAACUUCCAAGAAGAAUCCGAGAAGAAGACUUGGAGAACUGCCAUGGACGAAGAAAUCAAGGCGAUAAAGAAAAAUGACACAUGGGAGUUAGCAUCACUUCCAAAAUGGCACAAGGCGAUCGGUGUGAAGUGGGUGUAUAAAGCAAAGAAGAACUCCAAAGGAGAAGUUG